CUAGACAUGCAGACUGCUUCUACAAACAUUUGUGAAAGAAUGGGUCGCUCUCAGGAGCUCAGUGAAUUCAAGCAUGGUACUGUGAUAGGUUGUAACCUGGGCAAUAAGUCCAUCCGUAAAAUUUCCUGGCUACUAAAUAUUCCACGGUCAACUGUUAGUGCUAUUAUAACAAAGUGGAAGCAACUGGGAACAACAGCAACUCAGCCCGCCACUGGGCUCUAGAGCAGUGGAGAUGUGUUCUCUGGAGUGAUAAAUCACACUUCUCUGUCUGUCAAUCCGAUGGAUGUGUCUGGGUUUGGCAGUUGCCAGGAGAACGGUACUUGGCUGACUACAUUGUGCCAAGUGUAA